AUGACUGUUGGGUUGGGAAGGCAUCUAUCCCGUUCUAAACCACACAGAACUGCGCUGUUGAAGAACUUAACUACACAAUUAUUGCAACAUGGUGCUAUAGUUUCAACCAUUCCAAAACUGAAGGAAACGCAAAAACUAGCUGAAAGGGUGAUUACUAUCGCCAAGAAGGCUCGUUCAAACCCUAAGAUGCAUAUUCCAGAACUGCAAAGUCGGUUAUUUCUUGCCGGUGAUAAUGCACACCUAAUAAAGAGAUUAAUCCAUGAAAUUGCCGGUAGAUAUCAAGGUAGAAAUAACGGCUUUACUAGACUGCUAAGGUUGGAACCAAGACUAGGUGACCGUGCUCCUUCUGCUAUGCUGGAAUUACUUGAUGUUCCUGUUACAAAUGCUGAAGGCGGCUUGAACAGAGGUAACAUGAAACUGUGGUUGAAUGUUAAGGCAGCUGUAUAUGCUGUAUCUAAAGGUGAGCCGUUUACUGAUCUCACACUGUUAAAUUUGAAUAAGAUGGCGAAUGGUAAGGAUAUCAAUGAUUUUAUGCGUGAUGUUGCUACUAUUAGAGAGCAUUUACUGAAACAUCAAAAUAUCACCACUACGGAGGAAGAGACCCAGCAGUUUAUUGAGGAACUUAAGGCUGCUAUGGCUAAACCUAGAGUCAAGGAUGACACUGACAAGGGCUACAAGAUUGUUAGUGAGAGACCUCCCCUUCCGUAG